CGCGUCCGUCUCCCCGAACUUGGUCUGUGACAGGAACACCAUGAACUUUUUGGACAGCCCUCUCUCUAAACCAGCACCCUACGUGGUUGCUCCCAUUGAACACAGAUUCGACCCUUACGAAGAUAACGGCGGUACUAGCGUUGCCAUUGCUGGAGAAGACUUUUGUGUCGUUGCUUCAGAUACGAGACAGAGCAAUGGUUAUAUGAUUAAUUCUCGAUAUGCACCAAAGGCAUACAAGAUGUCGUCCACAGCUGUUCUUUCUUGCAACGGAUUUCACGCCGACGGUGUGACUUUGAAGAAAGUACUUGAACAGAGAAUGAAGAUGUACAAAUACUCUCAUGACAAGGAUAUGUCUGUCACGGCACUUGCACAAAUGUUAUCCAACACGUUAUACCAACGACGAUUUUUCCCAUACUACGCUUUCUGUUUGUUGGGAGGCGUUGACGCUGAUGGAAAGGGUGCGGUUUACUGCUAUGAUUCCGUCGGUUCCUUUGAAAGAGAAAAUUAUCGCACAAGCGGCUCAGCGUCUGCCUUGAUUCAACCAUUCUUGGACAACCAGGUCGGUCGUAAGAAUCAGCAGAACGCAUCAACCGCACCAUUGACUUUAGAAGCUGUUCUUCGAAUUACGAAGGAUGCUUUCACCUCAGCUACUGAACGUGAUAUACACACUGGUGACAAUUUGCAGAUUUUCGUCAUAACCAGGGACGGUGUUGAAGAACAGAAUUUCCCGCUGAAGAAGGAUUAGAGUGGGACACUUUGUGUUGUAUAUUGUUUAGUCGGAAUAAAAAAUUAGCGAUUUGCUCGUACGAGAUGGUGAGCGAUACGGUGUUGAAGGUGGCUGGCUAAUCGAGUGAAGAAUAUGGGAAAGUGCAUGUCUAUAAGUCGUUCUAAAUUCUUUGCUCCUUCGUUCUAUACACUCUACAUAACAAAAAAAU